CCGGAGCUUUUGUUUGACCCCGACCAACCAAGAGUAUGAAGUACGUAGUGUAGUGUUCGUGUGAAAUGUGAUAACGAAAAGUGGUCCUUUCCGAAACGAAGAUUUCUUUGGUAGAAAAGUGCGGUAACUAGUGUUGAAAACUACCACGCAUGCUCAAUCCAAGUGAUAACCAUUCUAAUUAGUGUGUGCUGCCUACCGACAGAAUACCAGACUCGCGCUGGAAACGUGAUCGCCGGAGUGUAAACAUUCGAUAUCUCCAACGGAAAGGUGAAAGAAGAAGUCGGUCAGCGGUGUUCUUUUGUUUUUGGUGAAACAUUUCUUCCAUAUCAACUGCAACUAGCCAAAUUGAUUAGCUGGGAAACAGGUCGUCGACAUUUCUUGGCUUGGUGUCUGACUGGAACGGAAAAAAACGAUCAACCAAAAUGAUGCCACGUAGCUUCACGGACCUGCUGUGGGAUUACGGCGUGUUUGUGGUGUUCAUCAUCUUCUCCACGCUGGUUCCGCUGUGGGGACGCUUCUUCGGCAAGAAGGAGAAAACCAAAGCGGACUAUGUCUUCGGAAUGGGAACGAUCUCGAUGGGCGCCAUGAUGCUGUCGAUCGCCCGGGGAACCCUCGGCGUGCGGUCGUUCCUCGGCUAUCCGAGCGAGCUGUUCUACCGCGGAUCGGCCAUGUGGGAAACCCUGUACGGAAUGGUGACCGCCUAUCCGAUCGUAUGCUUCGUGUUCAUCCCGGUGUACUUCAAUCUGGGCGUGACUUCCGUUUACCAGUAUCUGGAUUUGAGAUUCAACAGUCGGCUGGUACGAUGUCUAGCAUCCGGAACGUACGUGAUCCGUUCGCUGCUGAAUCUAGGCGUAACGGUCUAUACUCCAACGGUGGCCCUGAAUACGGUCAUUGGCAUCCCCUACUGGGCAUCAUUGCUCGGAAUCUCCGCCAUCAGUAUAAUCUUCAAUCUGCUGGGAGGACUGAAGGCAGCUAUCAUGGCUGACGUUAUCCAGGGAGUCACCAUGAUCUUGAUCUCGAUCGCCAUCAUCAUCCAGUCCAUGAUCAGUGUCGGAGGGUUCGAAAAAAUCUUCACGAUCCCUGCUGAGGAUGGCCGUCUCAAAUUUUUCGACUUUACUGGAGACUUUACGAUCCGGGUGGACACUACUUCAGCCUGGCUGGGCCAGCUUUUCAUGUCGCUGAGCAUCUUUGGAUGCCAGCAGAACUUUGUCCAGCGCUAUCUGAGCAUGAGCACCUUCAAGGAAGUCCGUCGCACAUUGAUGAGCAACAUACCGGUUGUGAUUUCGCUGUUCUCGUUGGCCUGGAUCGUUGGAAUGGGAGUCUACUCAGUGUAUGCAGAUUGUGACCCGAUGGCCGGGGGCUACACCACUAAAAUGGAUGAAAUUCUGCCGUUCUUCGUGCAAGACAAGUUCUCAUAUUUGCCGGGAGUGCUGGGUCUGUUCAUGGCAUCGCUGUUCAACGGAGCGUUGAGCUUGAACGUUUCGAAUCUCAACUCGCUGGCCACCGUAACCUGGGAGGACUUCCUCUCUCCGCUGCCUCGGUUCAAGGGAAUCAGCGACAGGCAACAGCUGACCAUCAUCAAGUUCAUCGGCUCGAUUUACGGAGUUAUGGUUAUGGGCGUCGGAUUCGCCGUUGGUCUGCUGUCCGGAGUAAUCGAAAGCAGCAUGCUGAUGACUUCGGCUACGUCGGGACCACUGCUGGGUGUCUUUCUGCUGGCAAUGUUGGUACCGAUGGCCAACUGGAAGGGCGCUGCCACCGGUAUGAUCGUGUCGCACGUUAUCACCCUGUGGAUUACGUUCGGAAGCCUGACGGUCAACAAGGAGACGGUGCUGCUGUCGACUUCCGUUGAGGGUUGCACCAACGACACCUUCUCGUCCGGCAUCGUGAAACCGGCUAAAUCGUGGCUCCUCUCCAACACCCCCCUGGAGGUCGAAUCGGACUUCUCCUACCUGACCGGUCCCCUAGAGGUUCCGGUACCUGCCGUUCCGCAAUUCCCGGAAACCCUCUACUCCAUCUCGUACAUGUACUACAGCUUGAUCGGUACCUUUCUGACGGUCAUCGUUGGAACCCUGGUCAGCUACCUGACACGGCAUCGGGACGAUGCCUACGAUCACAAGCUCCUCCAUCCGGCCGUGUAUAGGCUGAGCCAGUUACUCCCCGGAAAGGCACGCCGCUACGUCAAUAAUCCCGACAUCCGUCCGAAAACGAUGGCAACGCCGUCCAAGAAACUUCCUCAGGACAAUCCAGCGUUCGAGCCGAGCCCGGAGUCGAUCCGCGAGAAGAAGUCUCCCCUCGAGCUGACCGUUUGCAUAGUCGUGAACGGCGAAGCUACGUCCAGUGAUCCCAGUGCUAACGAAUCCUACCGACAGCUGGACGAUGCCGGCGAACUGAGGGAUGUCCGAACGUGAGCACCGGCAAGCCGGUGGUGAAUAGAAGUUAAGUUUUGUGCCGCAGAUCAUUAUUUAAAUCGCUUGUUUGUUAGACUAAGAGAACCGUAGAACACAAAAGACUGUGAUAAGACGUAAUCGCCUUUAAGGAUAUUGAAAUAAUUACAACCCAAGGUAGUCUAGUGGAGUAGAAGAGUUUCCGUCAGUAGCCAAGUAGGGGAAACGACGUUUUCAUACAGUUAUGAAAAAGUAUGUAUGAAUAGGAAUAUCUUUUAGAAUAAACCAUGUUUUCCAACUCUUAACGUA